AAGACGUUAGACACACGACCACAAGAGUAAAAGAUCUUUACAUAAAACCUUGAAAAAUGACAAGUGUUUUACCGCCAUUGAGGAAUGACGCGUCAGUGCCGACGAUGCCAACAUAUGAACAAAAGAAAAAAACUUUCCCACUCUGUACAUGGGGCGGAACUCAGACAAUGGUAUCUUCCUAUAGUAUAGACUACGGUAAGAAAGAUGGUAACCCCUCAGAGAAACGGCCUUGCUCAGCGGCUAGACGAAAUCGUCCUCAUCCUUCCAAGUUUUUCUUGAAUUGGAGGGUUCCAUCAAAGCCAACAUUGAACAACAAAAGAUCGUUUGAGCCCUAUGAAGCAGAAUACAGUAACAUACUGCAGAAUUUUAAGGAAGAAUACAAAGGAAACAUCGACUCAAAGUCAAUUCCUAAAACUACACCGUCGAAUGAAAACACACAACUUAUUGAAAACGAGACACUAAAGCUGUUUGAACGACUGAAGCAAUCUGAAAAACAAGAUGCAACGCUUCAACCACCAGUGCAGACCAUAAACGUGGAGGCUAUCUCAGUGGUAGCCGACUUACUCCAGAGGGCUAAUCCUCAAGAAAAAGAGGAACUAGAACGAGUACUUGGAAUUUCAGGAAGAGACAACCGACAAUGUGGUACAUGCAACGUCAUCACACCUGAAGCAAUAAUUGUUCUGGAACAAGUUCUACAAAAGGCAGGAAUAACAGAUAAUGAUUCUGCUAUUCGAUUUCUUCUAUCUAUUGGGCACAUCAUAAUGUCCAUAACAAAUCCACGAGCAUGUUCUCCUCGCCCCAGACCCACAGAAGAAAAAGAACGUAAGCACAUGCUUCGCUCCGCUCCAAUUAACUCACCAAACUUCCUCAUUCCGAACAGCAGAGAUUGUUCAGCAAGUAACAAAGCCAGUUUGAAUAGCGAAUUAAAAGAGAUCGCUGAGAAAAAAUAUCACACCAUCAAGCUCAAUAACUCCCCCCUCGAAAAUGUACCACGAUUGCCAAAGAUUCGUGCUCCAAAACGGCAAAGCUUGUAUCGUCAAAGAAGGAUGACCAACCCACAAGUAGAGAACAAGCUGGCAACUUUUGUUCUGCCUCAUCGGGUCGUACAUCGCACGUUUACAAUUCAUCCUGAAUGGGAUUAAAAAGUAUUGAAACUUCAGGGUAAUCCUCCAGAUGAAAAAUCUUAUGUUCUCUUGGGAGUGCUUUGAUUAUUUGAACUUUUUUUCAGCUGCUAAAAAUUUUAUAUACGAUUGUAAAAAGUGAGUGAAGUAUUAAA